AUGGCGGUGUCCGUCGUCGCUGCCCAGGACCAGGACCUGCUGAGCCCUUGCUCAGGGUCCAGCUACACUGAGCAGUCCCGCAGGUGGACGGCUUCCCGGCAGGGGGCGUGGCUCUUCGCGGCUCGACCUCCCGAAGGCGUGCAUGCCGGCCAAUCAGCGAAGCCGGCUGCUAUCGCGUGGACGCAGGCCCUUGGAGGAGCGUCGUCGCGGUACCGGGGUCGCCCUCGUCCUCUGAGGGGGCACUGUUGGCAUCCGUCAGGGUCAGGAGUCAUCUCUAGCGUCCGAAGACAGCCAGCCAUGGCACUCCCGGGAAGGAAGCACAUCGGGAGGGCUGCCAAGGACCUGCUGGAGGCUCAGGUUAUGGCAGCCUAUGACGUUCAGUAUGGAGCAAACAAUCCAGGAAUUGGUGACGGUGGAGAAAACAGCCCCUUUUCAGGCACACCUCAGCAAGAUGUGCGGAAUGAGUUACAGAAUAUGCUGGAGAGAUUUGAAGGGGACAUGAACAAGGUUCUUUAUGCAAAGAGAAAACGUUUCAAAAUGAAUACCGAUGCUUCUGUCAACACCAUGCAGCAGACAAUUGCGCAUGCUUGGAAAACCCAUCAAGAGCAAAGGCAGAAGCUUUGUCUGGAGUAUUCUCAGCGGUUGCGGGCUUUGAUUCGGGAGUUGGAUCUGGCUAUGAAGAAACUCAAAGAAGAGGAAGAAAAACUAGCUAGUAUACUUCUACAGCUACAAAAGGCUUGCGAAUACUCUAGGAUUGUUCAGAGCCGGAGAAUGAGACAAUUUAAAGUGUUACAUGUGGAAUUCCUAAAGAGUGUUGAGGACCUGGAGGAGGAUCAUGGAAAUCUUGUUGGUGAAGGAAGUGAACUCAGAAAAGAAUUGGCCGUGUUGCACACAAAACUGAUGAUGCAAACUCAGCGGGAAGAAGUGGCCUGUGUUCAGUUGAUUCUACAAUCCCUGUUAUUCUGAUGACACUUUGAAGAACAAAGCUGAACCUAUGUGAUACAAUACAGUCAUAAAAUUAGCUACAUGAAGCCAAUGUGGCUUAAAAUUUCUAGUUUCAAUUAUUACAUGUUCUUUGUUCAUGUGUUUGUUCAGUGCCAGACUCCCUUUCUGUUAAAACUCAAAUAAAAGCUAAAGAGUUUUAUGAGUAGCAGACAUUCCAAAGUUGUAUGUUUCAGGCUUUCAACCCGUUGAUAGUACUGGGGACUUUGUUUCCCUAGCACCGUCAACUAACUUUUAGCAAUAAAAAUGAUUCAACUUUA